UUUUUCCAAAAGAGGCGCUUAGAAGAGGACUGGUCCUUUUAGCAAAUAUCAAAGCCAUGACUCAGGAGUCAGUGAUGUUCAGUGAUGUAUCCAUAGACUUCUCUCAGGAAGAGUGGGAAUACCUGAAUGAGGAUCAGAGAGAUUUAUACAGAGAUGUGAUGUUGGAGAAUUAUAGUAACCUGGUUUCAAUGGGAUAUUCCAUUUCUAAACCAGAUGUUAUAUCCUUCUUGGAGCAAAGGAAGGAGCCCUGGUUUGUUGACAGAGAGCUGACAAGAGGUCAGUGGCCAGUCCUAGAAUCAAGAUGUGAGACCAAGAAAUUGUUUCUGAAGAAGGAAAUUUAUGAAAUAGAAUCAUCCCAGUGGGGGAUAAUGGAAAAACUUAAAAGACAUGAUCUUCAGUGCUCUAGUAUUAGAGAUGAUUGGGAAUGUAAUGGCCACUUUGAGAAACAGCAUGGCUCUCAAGAAGGGUACUUCAGUCAAUUGAUACUUACUCAUGAAGACAUGUCCACUUUCAGUCAGCAUCCAUCCUUUACAUUACAGCAUAUCAUUAACAAUAAAGAGAAAUACUUUGAAACUAAGGAGUGUGGGAAAGCCUUUAGACAUGGCUCACAACUUACACAGCAGAUAAUUGAUACCAUUGAGAAACCCUAUGAAUGUAAGGAAUGUGGAAAAGUCUUCAGACAUCUCUCAAGACUCACCCAUCAUCAAAAAAUACAUACUGGCAAAAAACCAUUUGAAUGUACAGUAUGUGGGAAAACCUUUAUUUGUAGCUCAGACCUUACUCGACAUCACAGAAUUCACACUGGUGAGAAACCUUAUAAAUGUAAAGAAUGUGGAAAGGCCUUUAGUAGUGGCUCAAACUUUACCCGACAUCAGAGAAUUCACACUGGUGAGAAACCUUAUGUCUGUAAAGAAUGUGGGAAGGCUUUUAGUAGUGGUUCAAACUUUACUCAACAUCAGAGAAUUCAUACUGGAGAGAAACCGUAUGAAUGUAAGGAAUGUGGCAAUGCCUUCAGUCAGAGCUCACAACUUAUUAAACAUCAAAGAAUUCAUACAGGUGAAAAGCCUUAUGAAUGCAAGCAAUGUGAAAAGGCUUUUCGUUCUGCUUCAGACCUGACUCGACAUCAGAGAACUCAUACUGGUGAGAAACCCUAUGAAUGUAAGGAAUGUGGUAAGGCAUAUUCUCAGAGUUCACAACUUAUCAGUCAUCAUAGGAUUCAUAUUGUUGAGAAACCCUAUGAAUAUAGGCAAUGUGGAAAAACCUUUAACUAUAGCUCACAACAUAUUCAACAUCAAAAUUUAUACUGGUGACACAUUAUAAAAUAUAUUAAAUG